UUGGGUGGGCGUGGUGUGAUGAUGGGAAAAAGUGCCCAAGCACCGGCGGAAGUGCUGAAGGGAGGGUAUAGCAUAAGCAAAGUGGGCAUUGAUGUUUUCUCUGUGACAGCGCGAACAUUGUGACGUAUGUAAAGCGUAUGUGUGUGUGUGUUUGUGUACGUGCGUCGUGACUGUUUGUUGGAAUGUGUGCUGGGAUCAGCGAUUAUAGUAGAGGGUUCCUUUUGUGAUGUACCUGCAGCGCAGGAACCAAACCGGUUAUCGGAGAUGUUCGAUCAAGGAAGCAAUCGAAAGCUGUUUUCAUAGAAUUCCCAAACCACGAAAUAAUACCAUUGCAAAAAAGGCUGAAAUAAGCGAUAAACCGUCACCACUAUAUCGUUUGACACAGGAAGUGCUCGGGGGACGGUUUGUUACGUUGGACGUGAGCCCGUCGUGCGUGUGCAUGUAUGUGUAUGUGUAUGCGCGGGCGCGCUCUUGUGUUUGUGUGCUGCAUCUCUUGAACGGUACAUUCGAAACCGCACAUAUCCUCGACAACCAAGCAACCAAGGCAAGCGCCCAACAAAAAAGAAGAAUAAAAAAUCAACGUUGUUCUUUCCGGGUAGGGAUGAAGAAGAAGGAUCAAGUCCAAUGCAAAAAAAACACAGCAGCAGACUCUAGCACCAACUGUCAGUUCGUUGUCGCAAACGUCAAGAUCCUUUCGCUGCAAUUGGAGCUGCUUUGGUUCUUAGUUCGAUCUCUCGUUAAGCCAAUUUCCGUCAGUAUUUUUAUUCGUUUCAAACUAAUUUUUACUGCGGCAACAAAGACGUCUCCAGUUCAAGUGUAGCGGUGUGUGUCCUGAUUCCCUCCCACCCCAAUGCACGUACUCGCUAAUAAACAAUAACACAGCACAAUCUCACGCGAGCGCGCAGAGUACGGUUGAGCUGCAGCGGCACCCUGUUUCCUUGCGCCAGAGCGAGAAGCCAACAGUGUGCGUGCAGCCUGUGUGUCGAACCUGCUCCAGCGAGUGGGUGGGCGUGUGUGUGUGCGUGCGUUCGUGCGUGCGUGCGCGUUCCUGUAUCCUAGUGUGCUGCGGAGUGAAAAACAACCUGUCAAACUAGGACGACCUCUCUCCCCUGCGGGUUCCAUUCGCAUCAUCUUGUGAGUGAAAGCGAGGGAGUGUUUUGGAAGUUAAAUUGUGUCCCUUGUUCUAUGUGCGUGUGUGUUAGUGAAGCAAAACAGUGACCGGAAGUGGCCAAACGGGAAAGCUCCCGGUCGGGAAAGAGUUCCUGCCUAUCCCAUCAAAAGGACACUGCAUCUCGCAUCUCGUGUCUUGAGGUGCCCAUCAUCCGCCCAGUUUCAGCACUGCCUGCUGUACGCAUCCUACUGUCCGGGCGUGCCACAGGGUGUAGUGUGAGGAACCACUACACCUUGCCUCCUCCGGGGGUUCCGGUCGGUCCGGCACGAUGGCGUGCCUGAAUACGCUGAAGCUAGAAAUCAAAACGCUCGAGCAGGUCUUCCCCAAGAACCAUGAACGGUUCCAAAUCCUUAACGCCACGGUGGACGAGCUGUGCUGCCGUUUCAUCGGGCGCAACGGCAAGCAAUACGUAAUCCAUGCCAACAUUACGGAAACGUAUCCAUCCACGCCACCAGUAUGGUUCGCCGAGAGCGAAGACACAAGUAUUAGUAACGCUGUACAAAUACUUACGAACACGAAAGGUUUAGAUAAUCACGUUAUAAAUCAGGUACACAUAUUGCUGCGCGAACUCUGCCGACAGCAUACGGUCCCACUACCUCCCGAUCUGGAAACGCUGAAGAAAGCCUUCCAGCCGAACGGUGGCGCAGCCGGGGCACACCUACACCCAGCCGCCCAGCUCCACCAGCACGGUAUGUCACCUCAGCAGCUUCUUCCGGCGCACCAGCAACACCAGCAACUGCAGCUCCAGCAGCAGCAGCAACAGGCGAUCGACGAGAUCGACUCCGACUGUGAUGAUAUUGAGGAUGUGGUCGGCGACAGCGACCAGGAAAGCGAAGGCGAAGAGGACCUGCCCCUCGAGAUGGACGAUGGCCGUAGCACGGCAAAGAAAGACGAAAUGGAGGUAGAACACCUAGCAACACUGGAAAGAUUAAGACAAACGCAACGGCAGGAUUAUUUGAAGGGUUCGGUGUCCGGCUCGGUCCAAGCAACGGAUCGACUGAUGAAGGAGCUGCGAGACAUUUACCGGUCGGACUCGUUCAAAAACAACAUGUACUCGAUAGAGCUGGUGAACGACUCCAUCUACGAGUGGAACAUCCGCCUCAUGUCGGUCGACCCGGACAGCCCGCUGCACAACGAUCUGGUCCUGCUGAAGGAGCGCGAAGGCAAGGACAGCAUACUGCUGAACAUCAUUUUCAAGGAGACGUACCCGUUCGAGCCACCGUUUGUGCGUGUUGUGCAUCCAAUCAUAUCCGGUGGUUACGUACUGGUCGGUGGUGCCAUCUGCAUGGAGCUGCUCACGAAGCAAGGCUGGAGCUCGGCUUACACCGUGGAGGCGGUCAUCAUGCAAAUAGCGGCCACACUAGUCAAGGGCAAGGCGCGAAUACAGUUCGGACCCACCAAGUCUCUUUCCCAGGGCCAGUACAGCUUAGCUAGAGCGCAGCAAAGUUUCAAAUCGCUCGUGCAAAUCCACGAAAAGAACGGAUGGUUUACACCCCCCAAGGAGGAUGGUUAAGAGUUGGGAGAGGGGAGGGCAAACGCCGUUCCACGAUGCUGUUGCAGCGCUUCGCUUCCGUGCUCUGUUGUUGAUGCUGUAGUGUAGUAGUAGUGUCAGCGUCUUAUAACAGUGAAACACGACCGAAAGCAACGGCAUCGCGCUAGUUCUUCUAACAAUAAUCGUUCGUUCUUUAAGCUUUUAGGUUCCUAGACUUAAGUGUAGAUGCGAGUACGAAUGGAGAUGGGAUGGUUCUGGAGCGAUACGGAUGAAUGCGUCUAUCAAAAUUGCGUGCGUGCGUGCGUGCGUGCGUGAGCGUGCUUGUGUUAUGUUUGUGUGUAGAAAACUUCGGAAAGAUCGUAUGCGCGUGAAUGGGGUAAAAACACUCUCGAAAGCAAAAGGGAUCGGUAGAGUGGGCUAGUAACGUAUGGGGGAAGUCGGGGGAUAGCUGCAGAACUUCACACAGAGAGAGAAACGCUGGAAGAAGCCACUUUAAAUAAGCUUAGUAAAUAGGAAAUGGUGAGAUACUGUUUGAGAAUUCGUUUCAGAAAGAAGGAUUUAGAAAAGGGAGAGAAAGAGAGCGGAGUGUUAGUAGAGCACAUUUUCAACCUUUUGUUCGUACACUAUCUAUACAACCAAACACCAUUCAAUAUUCAGCACCGCCGUACACACAACAAUCACAACACACACACCCACACAGCAGUGAAAGAUCUUCUUAUCAUAAAGUAUAUUUUAAACCAGCAUCUCCUAUAGUAGGGAAGUGAAAUGGAUAGGAAUUCGGGCGGAAGAUACCGAUCGGCACUAAAAAAAAUGCACAUGUGCAUACAGACGGGCAUUCUAUAACAGUUCUGUUUAUUCUUUGUACUGUAAUUCCCUACCUGACUCUGCACUGAAGGUGUGAACUACAUGCAGAAUAUUAAAACACAUCUUGGAACCGCA